AUGGGAAAUAUAAAAUUGAAUUAUCAACAGAAUGAGACAGACUUUUCAAUUCAAGGCUUCACAGAAAUGUCAGGCCUAAAGAUCCCUGUGUUCUUAAUUUUCCUCUUUAUUUACCUUUUUAUUAUCCUCGGAAACAUGACCAUUUUUGUCAUUAUUGUGACCGACUGUUACCUGCACACUCCAAUGUAUAUUUUUUUGAUGAAUCUUUCAUUAAUUGACAUUACUUCUACUUCAGAUAUUUUACCUAAACUUUUAAAUAUGUUACUGACACAAAACAAUAUGAUUUCAUUUCUAGAAUGCGUAACGCAGAUGUACUUCUUUUUAUCUAUGGCAUGCGCACAAUUUAUCCUGCUUGCAGCCAUGGCAUAUGACAGAUAUAUAGCGAUCUGUCACCCCCUUCAUUACGCCAUUCUUAUGGGUUUUAGACACAUAGCAGCACUCAUCAUCAUUACCUGGACCGUCGGUUUGAUAGACCCGUUACCACAUGCUUUCCUUGUCUCCAAAAUGGCCUUUUGUGUCUCCCAUGUCAUUAACCAUUUAUUCUGUGACCUCGUACCGUUACUGAAGCUCUCCUGCAGUGACACAUCUCUUGUGGAAAAAGUAAAUUACAUUGACGGGGCGCUGAUCCCGUUUCCUGCGCUAGUGUUCACCUUUAUUUCUUAUGUAUUCAUUAUUUCUGCCAUUCUUAAAAUAAAGUCUGUAGAAGGUCGACGUAAAGCCUUUUCUACCUGCAGCUCCCACCUCCUGUGCGUUACUCUCUACUACUUAACGACCAUGUGUUUGUACAUGAGGCCUACAUCAAGCUAUUCACCAAAAGAGGACAAAUAUUUUGCGCUUCUAUACAUUGUGGUCGUACCGAUGCUUAACCCCGUUAUUUACAGUCUAAAAAACCAAGAAGUCAAAAAGGCUUCGGACAGACUCAAAAAUAAGUUCGCAGCAUUACUAACUAGAGAUUCAUUUGUGUUUUCCUGUUAA